AUUAUCAAUGGUCUAAUCUUAAAAUUAUGACUAUUCAUUGAGUGUUUUUGAACUUCAUUAUUUUCCAUAAAUAUAUAUGUUUACGGUGAUCAGUUUAUUCUCUUCGCCAUAUCUAUCAAGUACACACGCGUCAAGAUGUCACGUUUUCUCAUCAUUCUAGUAACUAGUUGCGUUUUAGUUUCAAAUCAAAGUGAAGCCGCGAGAAUAUUAGCUGUGUUUCCAAUUGCUUCCAUCAGCCAUCAAGUCGUGUUUCGUCCUAUAACACAAGAACUUGUAAGGAGAGGUCAUGAUGUAACAAUCAUUACACCAGACCCAGCCUUCCCGAAAGGAGAAACACCGCAAAAUUUAACAGAAAUCGAUGUCCAUGAUAUAUCUUACGAUAUAUGGAAAGAAAAGUUUAUGUCAACUUCGAAAGGGAAGAAAAGCGAUCUGUACCAACAUGUGAAAAUGUAUCUGGAAUCAAUUGUUUACAUGUUUGAUGCUCAACUACAAGAUGAGAAUGUAAGAAAUCUGAUCGAAGAUAAAAGUCAAAAGUUUGAUUUGAUAUUGUUAGAAUCUUCAGUGAGAGCUGGUUUAAUAUUCUCCCACAUUUAUAAAGCACCAGUGAUUAUGAUAAGUUCGUAUGGCGCUAGUUUCGACAACUUUGAGGUAGUUGGUGCUCCAGGUCAUCCCUUCCUCUACCCAAUUUGCGUUCGUCAAAGACUUCACAAUCUCUCUUUGUGGGAGAAGAUCACUGAACUAUAUCUUCACUUCAGAGCAGAAGGAAUGGCUUCAAGUAAUUAUGCUUCAGAAAAUGCUAUACUGAGAAAACAUUUUGGUCCUAAUGUACCAAAGAUUGAAGAGCUGAAUGAUAAUGUUCACAUGCUUUUCUUGAAUAUUAAUCCGAUAUUUGAGGGCAUUCGACCGGUACCACCAACGGUGGUGUUUAUGGGUGGACUACAUCAGAAGCCAGAAAAAGAACUGCCGAAGGACCUCAAGAAUUACUUAGACUCAUCUAAAAAUGGCGUGAUAUACCUAAGUUUCGGUACAAACGUGGAUCCCACGCAACUGCCACCGAACUUCAUACAAACUCUAAUUAAUGCAUUAUCAAAACUGCCUUAUGACGUAUUGUGGAAAUGGAAUGGCGAUGAACUGCCUGGACGGACUGAAAACAUCAGAAUAUCUAAAUGGUUGCCACAGUCAGAUUUAUUGAGACAUCCCAAAAUCAAGCUAUUCAUAACACAAGGAGGUCUACAAUCAACAGACGAGGCUAUAACAGCUGGAGUGCCUGUAAUAGGUAUCCCUAUGUUAGGAGACCAAUGGUAUAAUGUAGAGAAGUACAUCUACCACAAAAUUGGAUUAGGUCUUGAUAUGGAGACAGUUACAGAAGAAGGCUUGAUUAAUGCUGUUAAAACUAUUACCCAAGAUGACAGUUAUCGUCAGAACAUCAUUAAGUUACGCAGUGUGAUGCGUGACCAGCCUCAACCUCCUCUAGAGCGCGCCGUGUGGUGGACGGAGCACGUGCUGCGUCACGGCGGCGCGAGACAUCUGCGUGGACCUGCAGCCAACAUGUCGUGGGCAGAGUACCUCGAACUAGAAUUAGUGUUCACUUUACUAUUUAGUUUAUUAGUUAUAAUAACAGUAUUGAUUUUGUCUUUGCGAUAUGUGUUAAAAGCUUUGCAUAGAAACGUUUAUCAAUACAUUAAACUGAAACAAAGCUGAUUGUUAAUUUUCGUGAUUUUGUGUUUUGAUAUUGCUUUUGUAUUAUAUUAUUAUGUACGCCCUUAAUACUGUUUAGGAUUUUGAAUAAUUUAUAGUAAUAAAGUAUCUACAGCCUACGUAUUUAUUGUA